UUUUUCGCGAUCAAAUAUAAUUAUAUCUGGGCUAAAUAUCCCAUAUCACUUAAAAUCAUAAAUAACAUAUUUACAUAUUUAAGUACUUUGGUUUAUGAACUCUUCAUGUGCAGAGCCACCGCAUUGUGUAAAUGUAUUGCUUUUUCGAUAAAUUUCAAUUAGAUCAGAAAAUCUAUGCAUCAGUGAGAUAAGAAUACGACGUGUGCGGAAGACGUUGCUAUAUAAGCGACGGAUGCAAUACCUCGCCUUAUUCAAUAUUUGGAUUUUGCUUAUUCAUCAGGUACACUCUGCACGUAUUGACUUUUUGUUAUAAAUUAUUGUGGCGUACGUCAUACAGAUACAAGAUAAGACAUUAAAAUAAUUUCAGUGUUUAAUCUUACUACAAUAUAGACUUCAUUGGCUAAGAUUAUAAUUUCAAAAAUGUGGAUUGGCACCAGAAUUUUGACCUACGCAUAUGCAUACAUACGCGCGAACACCGAUUCAUCAAAACUGCCCUCGAUGACUACUAUAUACCUGCUGGCUAUUACAUACGGCAUAUGGGUUAUAUUUAAACAAAUUGGCUACUACAGAAGAUUGCCGCCUGGACCAUGGGGCAUUCCAUACUUCGGUUAUCUUCUUUUCCUGAAACGUAUGUCACCGCAAGCAUGGUAUCGUAAAAUGGCGGAACAAUACGGCGACAUAUUCUCCGUGAAGAUGGGAAAUAAUCUUGUUGUGUGCAUAGGCUCAGCGAAAUUGUUGAAGGACUUGUUUUACAGGAGUGAUUCUACUGGCCGCCCACAUACUCCUCUAAAUGAACUCUUGGGCGGGCAUGGUAUAGUCCUGAGCGAAGGAGAUUUGUGGAAAAAGCAAAGGCAGUUUUUGCAUGAAAAGUUUCGUGCUUUGGGAAUUAAACUGUGGCCCAACCAGCGAUUUGAAAAGUUCAUAAUUAUGGAAAUUCAAGAGUUUUUGACAAAAUUGGAAGCAUCCAGUGGCAAGCCCGUGGACCCAACAGACCUGCUGGGAAGACACAUCCAUAACGUCAUCUGCCAGCUAAUGAUGAGCUUCCGAUUUGAGGAGAAUGACGAUAAAUUCGCAAAAUUCAAUGAAAUAGUUUCCCGAGGCAUGAAACUGUUUGGAUCUGUCCACAUCGGUGAACAUAUUAGAGAAUAUUUGUUAUUACCUGGCAAAAAAGCCGUUUUGAACGAAAUUAAACGCAACUUGCAAGACGUGAGCAAAUUUCACGGGGAUCGUCUGUCAGAGAGAAUACAACAGCGCAAUGGACACUCAGGUUUCAGAGAGCCCUCAGAUCUGCUGGACCACUACUUGGAUCAUGUGGAAGGAUCGAAGAAAACCGACGGCGUUGAUGACCUCUUUCCUGAUGUUGAUCCUAACAAACAAAUAAUUCAAGUGAUGAACGAUCUAUUCUCUGCGGGCAUGGAGACGUCCCUAAGCACGCUCAGCUGGAGUGUGGUGAUGAUGAUCAGGGAGCCAAAGGUUGCUGGCAAAGUUCGGGAUGAGUUACGUCAAGUCCUGCCUCCUGGACACCUGGUGACCUUGGAACACCGCGCCAAACUACCGUACACCGAAGCCGUCCUGUUUGAAACAUUGCGAAGAGUCUCCGUUGUUCCUUUGGGAACGACCCAUGUUAAUACGAGGCCCCUAAAAAUCGGUGAAUACGUGAUCCCGGCCGGCACCCACAUCAUCCCACUGCUACAAAAGAUGGGAAUGGAUCCAGAGACGUAUCCAGAGCCUGAGAAGUUCAAGCCAGAGCGGUUCCUUAAAGAUGGCCAGCUUCGCGUUCCUGAUAGCUUCAUGCAGUUCGGAGUCGGUCAACGUAUGUGUUUAGGAACGCAAUUAGCUAGAAUGGAAUUAUUCCUUUUCUUCGCGAAUUUGAUGAAUUCAUUUGACUUUACAUUACCUUAUGGAGUGGACGAGCCUGAGUUGCAAGGAGUUAUGGGAUCGAUGCAUGCGCCGGCGCCGUUCACUGUCAAUUUCCGAAAAUUGGAAUCUUAAUUCAAUACCAUCCUAUCUAACGGCUGAUAGAUAAAAGUUAUCCAUCGAUAAAAUAUAACCUGACUUCGUAUCGUUUCGUAUCAGGCUAUAAUGUCCCAAUAUUGGUCAAACGCCUCCCCAAGAUUCUUGAUCCAUGAAUCACGAUCCUGCGCUAUAGUGAACCAGUUAUUUUUAAAUGAAUUAUAAUGAAACAAUUGAACUGUUUAUGUUACAUUUUAUCUCAGGAAUAACUUUUAUCUAAUAAAUUUAAAAUGUUGCUCAACUUCAAUCAAGUAUUUUUAUUUAUCACAAAGUUUAAAAUAGGUUACAACAGUUUGAAGUCUUACCAAAUGAGAAUUAUAAUUAUUAUUAUAUUUACAGCAUUUAGUGCAUGGGAAUAUAGGCUUUUAGAUAUUUUAAAACUAAAUUUAGAUCGUACGUCAUAAACGUAUAUAUUAAUAACGAACGUCUCUUGUUACUGGAAGUUGAAAUAAUUUUACGAAAUGGCACUCUAAAAGUUUCUUUAUGCAUAUUUAUUAUUAGAAAAAGUACAUAGAACACUAUUAAUUAUUUAUUUUGUUAUUUUCUAAAUAUAAGUUUGUUGUUAUUUUUAUGCUUAGUGAUAUGCUAAUGUUUCCUUUAUGUAUUAUUAUUAAGCAAACUUAACUAUAUGUGACACACAAAUAUAAAUUACAUUCCAGAAUGCUCAACUCCAAAAUAUGUUGUGUCAAAAAAAAUCAAGGGUCUGACGUAGCACAAAAAAAUUCAAUAAUAAAACUGAAAGAGAUUUUAAAAUGCGCGUAACGUCUAAAUGCCGAGGAGCGAUUAUAUAAUCUUUAGUUUGAUUACAUCUGGGCGUCUCUUUUAUAAUUUGGCCUUGUAAAUUUAAACUAUUCAAUUGCAUAAAGAGAUUCUCUAUUCAUUUUUUUUAUUGACGUUUCUUUGACCUGCAUGACAAGUUCAAAGGUUUUAAGGUUGAAUACCAUCGUUUGUUGAAUGGAUUUAGGCAAAAAUAUUUGCAAAUUUGUUAGUACUGAUAUACAUACUUAAAUAGUUUUAUAUAUGUAUAUAUAUAUACCAAUUUAUAAUAUAUGACCGACCGGUCAUUAUGUUGCACUAGCCUUUAAAUUUAUAAUCUAAAUUAUAUUGACCGAGAUCUAUGACAAAAUAUGAAAUGUAAAACAACAAAAUUAUGUUUUUAAAUGUAAAUACUUUUUUCUGUGGAUUUUCUCCGCAUUUUUACGGUGAUGUGCGUGUAUCAGCUUAUGUAAUUAAACAGAAUUUGUAUACAAAAGACUUAUUAAAAAUAUAUAUAUAAGAAUAAUAUAAAAGAUUCAAUGGACAAUUGAUGACAAAAAAUAAA